CCCCCCCCCCAGGUCAGUCCCUCCAGGCUGGGGGCCACUUUGUUCUGAUGCCUCCAGCUCCCUCUGAGCUCCUGAGCCAUGACCAGUGCCCCAGGGGUAGCCUGAGCUCAGGAACCCCUCCACCACUGGGUUCCUGCCCCGCCCCACUUUACCUGGCACCUGGGGGUGGUCUUUGAGGAAAUCCAUUUGUAACUGUUUUUGUUUUUGCCACUGAGGCCCACCAGCAUCACCACUGCGCAAACCGAUCUUUAAAAAGCCAAGCCUUUUUAAAGGGGAAGAAAACCCACCCCUAGCAAGUCACCACUGUCACUCAAGCUCUGACCCUUCUUGUCCACCCCCCACCCCCAUGUGCUCAGACACUGUGACCUUGUGCUGAUUCCAGGUAGAGCCACUCAGCUCGUUUGCUUUAACUUAAUGCCAAUGGCUUUUUUUCUCGCCUCCCCCCCCCCGGCUGUUUUGCAUUAUAAAAGUUAAGCAUUCUUGGGACUUCCCCAGUAGUCAAGUGGCUAAGCUUCUAAUGCCAGGGGCCUGAGUUUGACCCCUGGUCAGGGAACUAGAUUCCACUUGCCACAACUAAGGCCUGGCACAGCCAAAUAAGUAAAUAUUAAAAAAUAAUAAUAAUAAGCAUUCUCAGUCAAAGAAAACAGGAAAACGCUGGGAUUUUUUUUUAAUGUGUUUUAAUUAAAACACAUACGUACACACUUUUUUUGGUUAGCUUUCUAUUACAAAAGUAAUGUAGGGUGUAAAAGAAUGUUCACCAUAACAGACACAUAUAAACAAAACAAAACAAAAAAACAAAAACUAGUCCCUUAUGUAACCUUUCCCCCAACCCUUGUUAAUGAGUUCUACCAGAAAACAGACAUGCACACAGGCCCAUAUAUAUUCCUGGCUUUUGGAAAAAGUGGGAUUUACCCCCCACCUCUGCAAGUGGUCAUUUUCACUGAACUGUUUCACAUGGAGACCCACGCCCAUGUGCUCACCAGCGAACCACAAACCUGCGAGGAGAAAUGAGGCAGCCCUCUCCGCAGAAACCCCCCUCCCUUCCUAACUCCUCUGCCCUCCACUCUUCCAGGCGGCCAGCAGCCUAACUUCUCAUCCACAGUCCUGUUUUCCCUCUUUAUAAACCUCAUGAACUUGGACCUGGGUUUCCGAAUGCAUGAGGGGACACCCACGUUGCAGUUCCAUCCACACCAUCUCGUGACUGCGACCUUGGCAGUGUGUCCCCCCCGGGUCCUUGGAACAGAAAUUUGAGUCCAAGACGUGGUUCACCUCUGUGGCACCCAGAACCACAGCCACUGUCCAUGGACACCACCUUCACACGCGUUUCUGUGGACGCGUCUAGGCCCUCUCUCACCAGGGAGCAGCCGGCCCCGGGAGGGGGCGGGGGCGGGGAGGCCAGGGCCUGGCCUCGGGGGUCCCGGGCCUGGAUGUGAUGUUGAAAUUUUGUGUUGCUUUAACUGCCUUUACUUUCUGAGCUAGGGGCUGUCUCCGUCCAUAGCAAAAUGUAACUUUGUUGUAGAUGAGCGUAAGCCUCAUCCCGGAGAGCGCUAGUAAGUACAGACCAGGUGAACCCAACGCUUCUCUUCUCUGCCCAAACCAGACCCCGGGCCUGGACCCCGCCCCACCACCCCGCACCCACCAGACUGGCAGGGGAAGGGAGGGUAUGAGAUGAGCUUGCACCCAAGCGCAGGUCCCGGGGUGGGGACCCUGGGGGCUGGUUGAGAAACAGUAGCCCCGUCUCGAUCGGGGGUUCUUUAGACGGGGUCUCCUAGCCCUGAGGGGGAAGCUGGGAGCCUCCUGGGGUUGAUGUAUAAAUGACGAACUUUUCCAGGGGUGGGUCCGUCAAUCCUCCAAUGAGAUCCUACUACCCCCAAGUGUUAAAAACCUCAACUCUGGAUUCUAUAAGACUCAGGCCACAUUUUACCCCAGACCUGGUUCCCCCAAGCCUCCCAGAUGGUGAGUGCCCAUCCCAGCCCCGGGGGUCAGAUGCAAAGGGGAGAUCCCCUGCAGCCUCUUGUGGGACCCGAGCUGGCCCGAGCAUGGGCGUGAAACCAAGUCCAGCCUGCCAGGAUGGCACCGGGGUGUCCGUAAGUCUGACCCACGGAGGGCAGGGCACAGCUCCGUUUCACAUCAUCUCUGCUCACACUGCCUCCUUGAUGCUGGUGUCAGGGGCCACAAGAGGAAAAGCCAGUCCUCCAGAGACCCCCGGACAUCAAAGGGAAAGUGGGAAGCCUCCCAUCACAGAAGCAACCUGAGGCAGAGCUCAGUGUUCUUGAGUGGUUGUGCUCUUCUCCUCCGAGCUGGCAGCUAGAGUGGGGAGGGGUGCUGGGGUGGUCAGCGGCCUUUCAGAGCAGUGGUUGCCAGCGUUGAGGUCCCUGUGUGCAGGCAUGAGAUUUCUUUUUUGCUUACAACACAUUUUUUUCUGUAAGUGCAUUCGCCAGCACCCUCAACCCCACUCUGGCCAUGACCAACACAGCCCCUCAUGUCCCUGGAGAGGACAGCCUUGACCGAGUUGCAGGAUCUUUCUGAGCCUCAGCUUUCCCAUCUUUGAAACAGGAGUGACCCCGACCCACUUCAGCCAGUGAUCACGACGGAGCCCCUCUCCACUGCCCAGCACAGAGAGGCACUCACGCCAUGGCCAGGGCUGUAGUGGGGAUCGCGUCUGAGUCAGAGCUAAGCCCAGGGCUGAACCUAGCUCACCCGCCUCCCCCAGACACAGGAAGUAAAGAUACUCCUGCUCUGACCCUGGGGGAUAAGUGUCAAGGACUGAGAUAAGCUCUCUGUGGACAAAGAGUGCUUUCACAGCGAGGCUCUGGCCUGCUGGGCUCCAAGGACCCCUGAGCCCUGGAGCUGCUGACUUGGUCCCAAGAAGGCGACCAGUGGCUCUCCGGUCACCGCUUUACUAACUCAUGACCACUGCCCUCCCCAGGGGCCACCGGCAGAAAAAGGCCCGCAAGGCCCAAGGCUCCUCACUGAACACCCAGUGGGCAUUCCCAGCCCCGAUGCAGAGAGCACGUGGUGGGGUGUUAAGACUGGACACCCCUUGGGCAUCGGCCAGGACUUGCUUCUGGGACGGUGGGAGGUCUCAGGAGAUGUCUUAGGCCCCACUGUCAGUACCUCGUGCAGAGAUAGUGAACAGGGGUCUUGGGGACCCCCACCCCUCUGCAGCUGGCUGUCUCCGUGACUGUUUGUCCACAGACAGCCCUCCCUAAAAAUGGCACAGAUAUCCAGCCCCCUCCCUGGGAUUCCAAAAGCCAUAGAAAGCUCCUUGGCUCCCUGCCUCAUGGGUCCAACCUCAGGCCUCCUGGAGAGAGUCUCCCCGGGGGUCCUGCGUGCCGGCCCCAGAGAGCUGGGCACUCUGACUCCACGCGGCCACUUGACUUACACUGGGUCCUCCUUCCAGGUGCGGCUUCAGGUCCAGAGUGUGGAGAAGCCCCAAUACCGAGGGACCUUGCACUGCUUCCAGGCCAUCAUCAAGCAGGAGAGUGUGCUGGGCCUGUACCGAGGCCUGGGGUCGCCGCUCCUGGGGCUGACCUUCAUCAACGCGCUGGUGUUCGGAGUGCAGGGCAACGCCCUGCGGGCGCUGGGCCGGGACUCGCCACUGAACCAGUUCCUGGCGGGCGCGGCGGCAGGGGCCAUCCAGUGUGUCAUCUGCUGCCCCAUGGAGCUGGCCAAGACGCGGCUGCAGCUGCAGGAGGCGGGCCCGGCGCGCACCUACCGCGGGCCCCUGGACUGCCUGGCACAGAUCUACCGGCAGGAGGGCCUGCGCGGCGUCAACCGGGGCAUGGCAUCCACACUGCUGCGCGAGACGCCCAGCUUCGGCGUCUACUUCCUCACCUACGACGUGCUGACGCGCGCGCUGGGCUGCGAGCCGGGCGACCGCCUGCUGGUGCCCAAGCUGCUGCUGGCGGGCGGCACGUCGGGCAUCGCGUCCUGGCUCUCCACCUACCCCGUGGACGUGGUCAAGUCGCGGCUGCAGGCCGACGGGCUGCAGGGGGCGCCACGCUACCGGGGCAUCGUCGACUGCGUGCAACAGAGCUACCGCGCCGAGGGCUGGCGCGUCUUCACGCGGGGGCUGGCCUCCACGCUGCUGCGCGCCUUCCCGGUCAACGCCGCCACCUUCGCCACCGUCACCGUGGUGCUCAGCUACGCGCGCGGCGAGGAGGCCCGGCUCGAGGGCGACCCCGGCUCCGCCGCCCUGGCCCAGCCCUCCAGCCUGUGAUGCCCCCCGCCCCACCGUCCCGGGGGCCGCUUUUCCAAAACGCAGCCCAGACUCUUCCAAAACUGUAAAUGGGUCCCCCACCGACCGCCCUGCCCCAGACACCCGAGACUCCAUGGACUGUGGGCUCCGUCAGACCUGGGUUGGAUUCCACUCCUCAGCUGGGUGGGCCUUGGCUGCAGUGCUUGACCUCCUUUGGCUUUUCUUGGCUGUGAAAUGGGGAGCCUGUUCCCCGUGUGGUACUGUCAGGAAGCUCAGAGAUGCUGCCUGUGGAGCACCCAGCUUGGCACUGUUACUGGCUUCUGGAGUCUUCCAGAAACCCAGCCAACACUCCAACCCUUCCCUGGAUCCCGGCCACACCUCCAGGGGGGUUUCUGAAGACCCACCAAUGGGCUUGCCAGUGGCUCAUUAACUCUCAACUCCUCCACCUGCAGAGCUCCAGGAACACUUCUAGGCCGCCUGUUCAGUCUGUGUUAGGAUCAGAGGAGCAGCUCAGGUGCCUUCUGGGGCUCCAGAGCCCAGCCCCCUGCCAGCACACCCCAGCUUCUCCAAGCUGCAAGGCUGGGAAUACCCCUACUCCCGCCACUCCCACUGGAGGGUAACCUGGGGACCACUAAGAAGCCAUGGAACUUUCUGGAAGUUCCACAUUAGCUUAGGAGCUGGGGUGGGGGAGCAGACACAGGUCAGUGGAAGGGGAGAUCACCACAGUUAAACAGAGCCAUGGCAAGGGGGGGUCUUACCACUCUCUGAGCCUCAGGAUGCCCAUCUGUAAAAUGGGGACAUGACUCAGCUGAUGUCUGGCCCAGGCCCACUGCCGACGGCUGGGCUUCCCCGAGGUUUGCACAGGGGUCAGCAGGGAGAACCCUGUGGGACCCCUGAGCCCUGGGAAAUGGUGUCUUUCCCAGGCACAGUCAGUCUCAAUGCUUUGCGUUCCCGUGAGUCCCAGGCGGGGCCUGUGAGUGGGCACAGGUCUGACCAGUUUGGGCCCCUCCAGGCCGAAGGCCGUCACUAGAAGCCAGCCGGUGGUGUGAGCUCCGGCAGCCUGGGCACAGCUGGCACCUCGUGUCCGGGAGACCAGACAGGGAGGCGAAUGCUUUUGCCCAAGUUGGAGGUGACUGUGGCCUCCACGGUGACUGGAGGUGACUGGCCCUACUCCCGGGAGGCGGGCUGUGCUCAAGGAAGCCAGGAUGACCCUCCCCCCAAUCCCUCCCCACCCCCCCGCCCCCACGUGGCAUCAUUGUUGUACAGAAACCUCCGAGGGAAUAAAGUGCUCUUUGUU